AUGUAUUUUGCUGUUGCCAUGGGGAGGGUCCAGCCUCCACCACUUGCAUCAAGCCAUACGAUACCGGUGAAGACAUUCAAUGGUUCCCUGAACCGAUCCAAGGGCUGUGAUGGCAAAACCUACGCUGCACUACACUGCACCAGCCCGAAUACCCCGAUAAUAAAGCGGGAAGGUGCAGUGGCUUUCCCAUCAAAAAUAAUCUCCCCGCCCAAAGUGGCUUUCGAAGCCAUGUACAGUACAAUGGACAAUGUACAGGAUAGAGUGUACUGGACAUCUGUACAUGGUGAAACUUUCAUUUAUGCAAAGGGUUCAAUCCCGAGCAACGCCGUCAGCUACGCAGUAGCAGUUACAUCGUUGGGCCCGCCUCUUUGGAACCUCAUUACCCCAAGUCAGACGGAAUCCCGUGGGUACAAGUCCAAUAUCCAGGUGCAUGGGGAUGGGCACGUAGCCAUUGGUCUAUCACUGCUCUGGUUAUUGUUAUCAUGUGCGUGGAACGGCUACUGCAUCGUCAGCGCAGGACGAGUACGUAACGAGCCCCCGGCUGAACAGCUGGAACUUGGAAGCGGGAAUCUGGAGCGGCGGGCUAUUGUCCAGAUGCUGGAUGCUGGAUGA